UUCCCCAGGCUCUCUGUGAGGCGGAUUGACAGGCGAGAAUGAAAAUGAGACGGACGCUCCGCAGCGACCUCACUGCGCCCGCGUCCUUUUGAGAAGAUCUCUAAAAACUUCCACCUAUCUCACCAUGGGAGCUAUUUGGGCUGCGAGGGACUUCUGUUUGUUUUUUCUCUUGUUAAAUAGUCGUCAAAGCAUAGCGCUUCCAGAGACUCGAGAUCCCUGCGCAGAGGGAAGUGAUGGCUGUCACAUUGAUGCUAUUUGUCAGACUACCCAAGACUCAUAUAAGUGCACAUGUAAAGGAGGCUUUAAAGGAGAUGGGAAACAGUGUGAUGAUAUUGAUGAAUGUGACCUGGAGUACAAUGGUGGUUGUGUGCAUGAGUGCAACAACAUACCAGGAAACUACCGCUGCACUUGUUAUGAUGGAUUCAAUCUGGCCAAUGAUGGACACAACUGCCUGGAUGUGGAUGAAUGCAUGUUCAAUAAUGGUGGGUGCCAACACACUUGUGUCAACACUGUGGGUAGCUACGAGUGCCGCUGCAAAGAGGGCUUCUUCCUCAGCGACAACCAGCACACAUGCAUCCACCGCUCUGUCGAGGGCCUCAACUGUAUGAAUAAGGAGCACGGCUGCGCCCACAUCUGCAAAGAGAGUCACAGAGGGGGCGUGGCCUGCGAGUGUCGUCCAGGCUUUGAGCUGGCCAGAAACCAGAGAGACUGCAUUUUGACCUGUAACCACGGCAACGGAGGUUGCCAGCACACAUGCGAGGACACGGAGGAUGGUCCCAUUUGCAGGUGCCACAUCAGAUACACCUUGCAGCCUGACAAGAAGACGUGUGUGGAGCGAGAUGAAGCCACCGCUGAGUCCUCGGACCACAACGCCACGUCCUCUACCGAGGCGGACAAACGGGUCAAGAGAAGAUUGUCGAUGGAAACCUGCGCACUUAACAAUGGGGGCUGCGACUCCACCUGUAAGGACACAUCCACUGGCGUGCGCUGCAGCUGUCCCGACGGCUUCACGCUGCAGCCAGAUGGAAAAUCAUGCAAAGAUAUGGACGAGUGCGAGAUUCACAACGGCGGCUGUGAACACUUCUGCAAGAACACCGUCGGGAGCUUCGAAUGCAACUGCAGGAAAGGAUUUAAGCUGCUGUCUGAUGAACGUUCCUGUCAGGAUAUAGAUGAGUGUUAUUUUGAGCGCACGUGCGAUCACACAUGUGUGAACUCCCCUGGCAGUUUCCAGUGUCUGUGCAACAAAGGCUACACCUUGUACGGGUUGGCCCAUUGUGGAGAUAUAAAUGAAUGCAGUGUAAACAACGGAGGCUGUGAGCAGGGAUGUGAGAACACCGUGGGUGGAUAUGAGUGUUUUUGCCACCCGGGGUAUAAGCUACACUGGAACAAAAAGGACUGCAUCAAGGCUGAGGGUUUAACACCAGCAAACCUUCCCUCUAAGCCUACCUUGAAUUGUAGUAAGCAGCAUGGAGGGGAUCGCUGCUUUCUAAACUGCCAGUCCCAAGUUCAUAUCAGUAGUGGGACGGAGGAUUCCUACACGGUGACCUGUGGAAUGCCUCUGCCCUGCUUGGCUGGCAUACAAAAGACCAACAGUGGAUCUCAUUGCUUAGGUCCAGAAAAAACCAGAGUGCAGCGAAUUAAAACCACAGCCACUUUCAAGUCUGGCACGGCCAAGUGCAACCUCAAGCGAAGUCAGGAGAAACUCUGGGAGAGAUUCAACACUGCUCACUCAGAUUUCAGCUUUUUCUUCACUGAAAACGUCCAGUUCAGCUACGUGAGCCUUCGCUGCACCUCGCUGGGCCAGCGAACGCGCAGCCGUCAUAGCAGGAAGGCCGGGGAGGAUGAUGGCUUCGCCAUCACGGCUGAGUUUGAGCUGGAUAUUAACCUAGAGGAGGUAACAGCAGAGAGUUGCGACCUGAACUGCGUGCGUCGACGCUCUGAGAAGAGACUGAGGAAGACCAUCAGGACCCUGAGGAAGUCCAUCAACCGGGAGCAGUUUCACCUUCACUUCGCCGGGGCAGAUUACGACCUGUCCAGGAAUCCAGGCCAACUGCCAGUACUGCCUGGGCACUGUCUUGCAGGUCAAGUGUUGGUGGGCAGAAAAUGUGUGAGCUGCGGUGUUGGGACAUACUAUGAUAGUGAUCAGGGGCACUGCGUAACCUGCCCUGCCGGAACGUACCAGGACGAGGAGGGACAGAUGUCCUGUGAAGCCUGUCCUGCUCCUCAAGGGAGGGAAGUGACCAAAGUGGUCGGAGCUCGAAACAUGUCAGAGUGCGGAGGUCAAUGUCCACCCGGUCAGUAUUCUCAUGACGGCUUUGUCCCCUGCUUCCCCUGCCCACUGGGGACCUACCAGCCAGAAGUGGGACGGACCACCUGCUUCCUGUGCGGAGGGAACCUGGUGACUAAACACAGCAGUGCUGUCUCCUUCCAGGAGUGCGAGACCAAAGUCCAGUGCUCUCCUGGUCAUUACUACAACACCAGCACACAUCGCUGCAUCCGCUGUCCAACGGGCACUUACCAGGGUGAGUUCGGCCAGAACUACUGCGUCGCCUGUCCUGGGAACACUUCUACCGACUUUGAUGGAUCCACCAACAUCAUGCAGUGCAAAAACCGGGAUUGCGGUGGAGAGCUGGGCGAGUUUUCUGGCUACAUCGAGUCUCCCAACUACCCUGGGAACUAUCCAGCAAACAUCGAGUGCACUUGGACCAUCAACCCACCACCCAAACGCCGGGUUCUUAUUGUUGUGCCUGAAAUCUACCUCCCCAUGGAGGACGAAUGUGGAGACUACUUGGUGAUGAGAAAAAGCUCUCUCCCCAAUUCUGUGACGACUUAUGAGACUUGUCAAACCUACGAGCGACCCAUCGCUUUCACGUCCCGCUCCAAAAGACUGUGGAUACAGUUCAGGUCUAACGAGGGAAACAGUGCAAAGGGCUUCCAGGUUUUAUACGUCACAUAUGAUGAGGAUUACCAGGAGCUGAUUGAAGACAUAGUGAGAGAUGGAAGAUUGUAUGCAUCAGUGAAUCAUCAGGAAAUUCUAAAGGACAAGAAGCUGAUGAAAGCAUUGUUUGAUGUGCUGGCUCAUCCGCAGAACUACUUUAACUACACCUCUCAGGAAUCCAAAGAGAUGUUUCCUAAAUCCUUUAUCCGCUUUGUGAGGUCCAAAGUCAUGAGAUUCUUUCGCCCUUAAAAGGAUUUUUUAGACAGAGGAAUCAGAUUUCUCACCAUAAAAUCAAGUCAGACACUGGUGGCACGUUUGUGAAUGUUUUGUUGUUUCUUUUUUUUUAUGCCCGGAGCCAAAGUAGAGCGGAUCUAAAACUGAUUUGUGCAAAUAAAUGAAGCAACUGGACUUAAGAAAUACGUUUCAAGACUGAGUUUUGAAGAUGUAAGGAUUAUUAAUCUGGUGCGGCAUCCCUGAAAAGAAUCCGGAUAUCUUCCAUUGUUUUGGAAUGGCCUCCUAUAGAUAAAAAAAAUCAGGACUGAUAUCCAAAGUGCAGAUCUUUGCUGUGGAACUCUGCUUAUUAGACAUGCUGACUUUUCAGGAAUUGUUCUGAUUUGAUUAUAAAGGAAUACAUGAACUGUAGCUGAUCAGAUAAAUACUGAAUGUCAGUGAGACUGUAUAUAGAGUGUAUAACUAGUUUUAAUAUAGGCUACUUUCAGAGGCAAAGGGAACAAAAAUAUCCGGAACAGACAGAGCACAAAUAACUUUUUGAGACCACUAGCACUACUAAAGAGGUUGACCCACCGCAAAAGCAAUUAUUUUGAUUGAUAUUUUGUAAAUGAUGUAAAAAGUUUUGGGUGAAAGGCUCACAUAUAACAGUAUACCUGUAAGCGUUGGUGGUAUUUUUUAAUUUUUUUUCCCAGGGUGUUUAUUAAACAACUACUGUGUUUUAUGUAUCCAUAAUAAAAGGGCCUCAAGACAUAACAGCCUAACAUGAUGUUAGGAUUGGUUUUGAACAGCCAAACAGAGACCUAGAAAAAUGAGAAAUAUGUUGAUAGAAGGAAGAAAAAAAGAAGCAUCCUGUAGCAAACAGCUGAGCGGUUUACCUGUUCUGGAGGGGACAUAUAUGUAUAUUCUUUUGGUUUUGUACAUCUAACUUGCUGUAAAUAAAGAUUUCACUGA